AUGGAGCAAGACGUGGAGAGCCCAAUCUCCACACGGCAACCAAAGCUCCCAAAACAAGCCCGGGAGGACCUCAUCAAACAGAAAUGCACAAAAAGGAAGAUCCAGAGAUAUGUUCGAAAGGAUGGCAAGUGCAAUGUUCACCAUGGGAAUGUCAGAGAGACUUACCGCUACCUGAGUGACAUCUUCACCACCUUGGUAGACCUAAAAUGGAGGUUUAACCUGCUGAUAUUUGUCAUGGUUUACACAGUGACUUGGUUGUUCUUUGGAAUGAUAUGGUGGCUUAUAGCAUAUAUUCGAGGAGAUCUGGACCAUUUACAAGACAAAAGCUGGAGCCCCUGUGUGGAUAAUCUCAAUGGGUUUGUUUCAGCUUUUUUAUUUUCCAUAGAGACAGAGACAACCAUUGGCUAUGGGCAUCGGGUCAUCACAGACAAGUGUCCUGAAGGCAUUAUUCUACUGUUAGUUCAGUCCGUUUUAGGUUCCAUAGUGAAUGCUUUUAUGGUGGGCUGCAUGUUUGUUAAAAUUUCCCAACCCAAGAAGAGGGCUGAGACCUUGGUCUUUUCAACCAAUGCCGUCAUCUCCAUGAGGGAUGGAAAACUGUGUCUGAUGUUCCGGGUAGGAGAUCUCAGGAACUCACAUAUCGUAGAGGCGUCCAUACGGGCUAAGUUGAUCAAAUCCAAACAGACGAAGGAGGGCGAGUUUAUACCAUUGAACCAAACGGACAUCAAUGUUGGGUACGAUACUGGGGACGAUCGCCUGUUCUUGGUUUCCCCACUAAUUAUAAGCCAUGAAAUCAACCAACACAGCCCGUUCUGGGAUAUAUCAAAAGCUCAGUUACCAAAAGAAGACCUGGAGAUUGUGGUCAUUUUAGAAGGAAUGGUAGAAGCAACAGGUAAUAUACAAAAUUAA